AUGGCAUCAACUAGCACUUCAGGUACAUUGGGUCAAAUGGCUAAACCAGAGUACAGAAACUGGCUGGCACUCGGUCAUGCCUUGACAACGGUCUUGUGCCAGGGACUUCGUCCAUUUGUCAAGCAAGAGGUGGAGGCCUUGUAUGGGUACGUAACGGUAAGAGUACGCACACCUUGCACAUGUAGGAGGCCAAUUGUGUACCACGACAUGAGUAAUUGUAUAGGGGCACAAGUCUUGGCCUCUUAUCAUUAUAGAGGCAAACCAAACUGGAAACAAAGUGAUCCAGCCAAAUGGAUGGACCCAGUUCUUGGUCCGUGGGAGAUUGCGAAACUCUUCCUUCCUGCUCUGGGUGGACAUGCUAAUAUAAGGAGUGCAGACGACAUGGAUAUCAGUGGUAUCUUGAACUUAAUGUACUGGUGCAAUCACUUCACCAUUCCUCAAUCCCUGAUCGACGCCGUUCGAGAUAUAAGAAACGACAGAUGUGUUCACGUGCCGAAGCUUGAGUUAUCAGAUGCUGAUAAGACUGCCGCUUUUGGUACUAUUGAAAACUUGCUAAAUGACCCUCAACUGGCUGCAGAUGAAGACGCAAAGAAAGCUCUCAGAGAAGUUAUUAGUCUCAAAAGCAUUACAGACUUACACAGUCGAGAGGCUCAGGUUUUGGUUGACUUAAAGGAAGAUAUACAUGAAAGGAUGUUGAGCUUGACCGAGGAGUUUGAAAGAAACCAAGAGUUGGUUACAGAGCUACAAGAAAGGCAGGAAAUUUUAGAGAUGGCUGUGGAGGAUCUGAAGCAAGAAAGCAAACCAUGGGGAGUGAGACUAAUAGAGUGGGUCUUGGAGCUUAUGAUAUAUACUUUCGGAGUCCUCUUUGCGUUCUUAAAAGGUUUCCGGACAGAAAUUCUAUUUAUGUUCCUAUUUUCAGUGUUCUGUGCCGUUCUGGAUCAUGACACACUGAUUAAAGAUGUGUCUGUAGGUCCAUACCAAUCAAUUGGAUGUUACAAAGAUUUUAAUGACCGAGCCAUACCAACUUUGGAAGGGCAAGAUUCGAUCCUAGAUGGCAAGUACAAUGCACGGAGUAACUCUAUCGAGAAAUGCUAUAAAGCAGCGAAGAAGCGAGGAUUCCAAGUGUUUGCAGUUCAAAAUGGGGGAUGGUGCGCCUCAAGUGCUUUCGCCAUUGGGACGUUCACCAGAUAUGGAAAAUCGUCAGCUUGUAAGUCAGACGGCGAAGGUGGACCAUGGGCCAAUCAAGUUUAUUAUAUCAAAGGUUAUCAAGCCGUAGGAUGUUAUACAGAUGCUUCAAAUCGCACAGUGGAGACUCUAGAAGGAACAGAUUCCGUCUUAGACGGCGCCUACAAUUCACGUGUAAAUCCCAUUGCAAAGUGCGCCGUGGCUGCAAUGCGAAAGGGCUACAAUAUGUUUGCAGUUAAGGAUGGCGGCUGGUGUGCAGCAAGUUCUACUGCGCCACAGACGUUUGACAAAUAUGGAAAAUCCACCUCUUGUAAGGGUGAUGGCAAAGGUGGACCCUGGGCCAAUAAUGUCUAUGUCGUCAAUCCGCUCGUUUUACCCUACGAAACGAUCGGAUGUUUUCAGGAUCACGAUGACCGAGCCAUACCGACAUUGGAGGGACAAGAUCCUAUUUUGAAUGGAGACUACAAAACACGACUUGAUCCCAUCAGCAAAUGCUUUCAAGCAGCUAAGAAGCGAGGAUUUCGUAUAUUUGCAAUUCAAGAUGGUGGAUGGUGUGCAACAAGCGCUUCGGCUGCCAAGACAUUCAACAGAUAUGGUAAAUCGUCAGCUUGUAAGUCAGAUGGUGAGGGUGGACCAUGGGCCAAUCAAGUUUAUUACAUAAAAGGUUAUAAGGCCGUUGGUUGUUACAAAAACAGCUCAAAUGACUCUCUGCCGGAUAUGGCAAGUAGUGGAAUCGAAACGUUAGAGGGAAAGGAUUCCAGCCUAGACGAUGCUUACAAUUCUCGUGAAAAUCCCAUCGCAAAUUGUGCCGUGGCUGCUAUGAGAAACGGUUACAGUAUGUUUGCAGUUCAGAAUGGCGGCUGGUGUGCAGCAAGUGGCGCCGCUUUAAAAACAUUUGACAAAUAUGGAGAAUCUACGGAUUGUGAAGCUAAUGGGAGUGGAGGACCUGCGGCUUAUAACAUAUAUUUACUGAAAGGUUACGUUGCCGUUGGUUGUUACAGAGAGAAACAAGAUCGAGAAAUUGACUCAUUAGAAGGAAAGGAUUCCAUCCUGAACGACUCUUACAAUUCUCGUGAAAAUCCUAUCGCAAAGUGCGCCGUAGCAUCCAUGAGAAAAGGGUACAGUAUGUUUGCAGUUCAGGAUGGCGGCCUUUGUGCUGCAAGUGUUACUGCGCCACAGGUGUUCGACAAAUAUGGAAAAUCCACGAAUUGUGAGGUUGAUGGUACUGGAGGACCCGAGGCUAUUAACGUAUAUUUGAUAAAAGAGUACGAAGACGUUGGUUGUUACAAAGACAAACAAGAUCGUGCCAUCGAAACAUUAGAAGGAAAAGAUUCCGUCUUAGAUGACGCGUACAAUUCUCGUGCAAACCCCAUUGCAAAGUGUGCCGUCGCUGCAAUGAGAAAGGGUUACAGUAUGUUUGUAAUUCAGAAUGGUGGCUGGUGUGCAGCAAGCUCUACUGCGCAACAAACCUUUGACAAAUAUGGAAAAUCUACGAAUUGUAUGGCCGACGGUGAAGGUGGACCAUGGGCUAAUAAUGCCUAUAUAUUAAGAGAUAAAGAUAUGGCAUCCACCAGCACUUCAGGUACAUUGGGUCAAAUGGCUAAACCAGAGUACAGAAACUGGCUGGCACUCGGUCAUGCCUUGACAACGGUCCUGUGCCAGGGACUUCGUCCAUUUGUCAAGCAAGAGGUGGAGGCCUUGUAUAGGUACGUAACGGUAAGAGUACCCACACCUUGCACAUGUAGGAGGCCAAUUGUGUACCACGACAUGAGUAAAUGUAUAGGGGCACAAGUCUUGGCCUCUUGUCAUUACAGAGGCAAACCAAACUGGAAACAAAGUGAUCCAGCCAAAUGGAUGGACCCAGUCCUUGGUCCGUGGGAGAUUGCGAAACUCUUCCUUCCUGCUCUGGGUGGACAUGCUAAUAUAAGGAGUGCAGACGACAUGGAUAUCAGUGGUAUCUUGAACUUAAUGUACUGGUGCAAUCAUUUCACCAUUCCUCAAUCCCUGAUCGACGCCGUUCGAGAUAUAAGAAACGACAGAUGUGUUCACGUGCCGAAGCUUGAGUUAUCAGAUGCUGAUAAGACUGCCGCUUUUGAUGCUAUUGAAAACUUGCUAAAGGACCCUCAACUGGCUGCAGAUGAAGACGCAAAGAAAGCUCUCAGAGAAGUUAUUAGUCUCAAAAGCAUUACAGACUUACAUAGUCGAGAGGCUCAGGUUUUGGCCGACUUAAAAGAAGAUAUACAUGAAAGGAUGUUGAGCUUGACCGAGGAGUCUGAAAGAAACCAAGAGUUGGUUACAGAGCUACAAGAAAGGCAGGAAAUUUUGGAGAUGGCUGUGGGGGAUCUGGAGCAAGAAAGCAAGCCUUGGAGAGUGAGACUAACAGAGUGGGUCUUGGACCUUAUGAUGUACACUUUCGGAGUCCUCUUUGCGCUCUUAAAAGGUUUCCGGACAGAAAUUCUAUUCAUAUUCCUAUUUUCAGUGUUCUGUGUUGUUCUGGAUUAUGACACACUGAUAAAAGAUGGAUGUUCUAUUAAACGAUACGACGAUCGGUGGAGCCUGAAGCAUUUCGACUUUGAUGACUUUGCUUCUACAUCUAGAUCAGAUUUUAUCGGAAGAAAGUGGUUAUAUCGUGAUAUGGAAGAUUUAAUGGAAAAUUCAAGUUACCGUGGCGUAUUGCUUGUUGGAAACCCUGGUUCUGGUAAGACAGCUUUUGUCUCAAAUUUACUUUGUUCCAGAAGUGCAAGCCCACUCAUUCAUGAUAGAGUAGCUGGUUAUCACUUUUGUAUGUAUUCGGACAAAGGAACUCAAAAUGGGGCCAAAUUUGUGGAAAAUCUGGCAAACAUGAUUGCCUCAAACUUCGCAGAAUACGGCGAAAUCAUUUUGAGAAAUUCCCUUGUUCGUCGAGUGUUACAAAAGAAUUGUGCCCAAGCCCCAGAUUGGUGUUUUCAAGAAGGUGUUCUUACACCUCUGAAAAACCUGCCGCACCCACCGAAAGAGACGUGGUAUAUUGUUAUUGAUGCCUUAGAUGAGUGUUCAGUCGAUGGCCAAGGAGAAAUUUUAAAGAUGCUGAAGUCCAAAUUGCGACGCUUCCCUAAGUGGUUAAAACUGAUUACUACAUCACGUAAUACAAGUUUCAUCACUUCGUACCUGGAUGGUAUGAAAAUACUGGAAUUGAAAUCAAAAGACCACAGAAACUUAGAAGAUAUUGAUACUUAUUCAUCCCUUAAGAUAUACACUUUGAAAUCUUCUCUCUUACAUGGUUUAAAGGCUUACUUUUCAAUCAAGAACAACAAUUCCCUUAAUCAACAAAUCGUUACUAGUCUUAAGGAAAGAGUUCAAGGUAAUUUCUUAUUUGCAAAGGUCCUUUUAGAUUGCCUUCUUGAAACACCGGAAAGAGUCAGUUGGACUGACCAGGGCUUUCCAAAAACACUUGAUAACAUUUUCCAACUGAAUUUUGAACGUAAGUUUAGCUCACGCGAAUCAUUUCGCUCCUCACGAGAGAUUUUUGAAAUCCUGGUUGCCGCCUAUACACCACUAUCCGCUGAAGACAUAUACUAUGUCUUAAAACUUGACCAUCCUGACCUUGACUAUGAGUACGAUUUAAUGCCAAAACUUAAAGAAGUGUCAUUGUUUCUUUGGGAUAGAUCAGAAAAGGGACUUGUUCGCAUUUAUCACUCUGCCUUGUCAGAGUGGCUGACCAGUGAAUCCAAUAAGGGAAACCUUUUUUACGUCAAGAAACAGAAAGGGCAUAGACGUCUUGCAGAAUAUUACCUUCAACAGUUAAAGAGGACAUUGAGAGCCCUGACACCGGUGGAAGCCUUUUAUUUAGCCCGCCACAUCAUAGAAGCAGGUUCAAACAGGAAUCAAGUGAAUGAAUUUCGGUCACUGCCUUCAAAUCUCGUCAACGGAUCAGAUGAAGUAAAAACCACUUCAUUACACUUAAGUUCACGUUUGGUAAAUCCAGAUAUUACUAAACUUUUAGUGACACAUUUCGAUGAUAUCGAUUGUUUGGAUAAUAACCACCGUACACCCGCCUUCAUUGCUGCAACUGGCGGAAACCGUAAAAAUCUUAUCUUUCUUUAUACAAAAGGGGCAGACAUUGAUCAUACCGUCUCUUGUCCAGAUUUUGAGGUGCCAAUGAAAGUGCAAAAAGCUUUGCGAGAAUGUAAAAGAAGAACGUGCGAAUAUUCAUUGAUGCACAUAGCUGCUCAGGAAGGAAAUGUUGAUGUUGUUGACUUCCUAAUCGUCCAUCACGUGAGUGCAUGGAAAACAACAGGCUGCAAUAACACGGCUGUCCAGUUGGCAGCCGCAAAUGGGCAUCUCAAGGUCGUUUUAGCUCUUAAAAAGGCUGGCGCUGUUUUAGAUGGAAUUUCCCUACAUCAUGCCGCUGCUAGAGAUCACCAUUACGUCGUGGAAUAUUUAUUAAAAGAAGGCGUUAGGGAUGUCUGCAUAGAUUUAAGUCCUUUCAUCGAGCUCUGCCCAGCAACGAAUAUUAAAGAUAUCAAGGCUCAUGUGUAUGACAACGAACACUUGAAAUUAGGCGAGACCGCGCUUCAUGUUGCAGCCAAGAAUAAUCACCCAUCUGUUAUCAAAACUCUGCUAGUUUAUCGUGAGGAGAGUGCCAUCAAUUGCUCGAAUGCGGCGGGAAGACGGCCCUUACACGAAGCGGUUUACUAUAACAAUUAUAACGCACUGCAGGCGAUGCUAGCUGCGGGAGUGAAUACAUCCGUACGUUGUGACUUACGCCCCCGAAAGUUAUGCUUAAAACAGAAGUGCUGCUCUUGCGAAUUUACCCCGCUUCACAUUGCAGCCAAAUAUGGUUAUUACAGUGCUGUUCAACUACUAAUUACAGAGAAAGCAGACUUGCAUGUAGAAGAUUGUAAUGGUUCGACCCCGCUUCAUAUUGCUUCCUGUCAUGGAAUGGUGUCAAUUAUUACCCUUCUCGUUAAAAGUGGAGGAAAUAUCAACAGAAGAAGCUUUAAUGGAUCAACUCCCUUUCAUAGCGCUGCUACAUGCUUUGCGACAAAUGCUUUUUGGCUUUUGCUGGACCUUGGUAGUGAUUUCUUCGCGAAGGAUAGUAGAGACAUGACGGCAUUACAUUAUGUUGUAAAAGACGUGGAAGUUGUCGGUAGAGAGUACUUUGUUGACUUGUAUGUUGUAAAGCCAAAAGAUUGGAUUGAAGUUGGACCGAAAGAUAAAGAGCCAUGGGAGAGAGGCGAAUAUCAACGCUUUUGGCUAAAUGUAAUGAUUAAAAUGAGCAAGAAUUUCGUUGCCAAUCUCGUCCACAAGAAACUUCCAUACCAUGAAAAUUCAAUAUAUAACUUAUAUUUGUCUGUCUUUCUCGAAAUUUGGAAAAAAGCAAACGCUUCUUCUUUCUUAACUGGGAGUGAUGGUUUCGAUCAAAGUGCUCUAGUGACUAUGUCAACUCCAAUCGCUUAUUUCUUCGACGUAACUCUCCAGGCUUUCCUAGAGAGUAACCUUUUUACUCUAAACAGACCAUAUGAGCCAAGUGUUCUUCCAGAACAGUUGACAAGAGCAAUAUCGCAUACGUUCACAAUAUUUUAUCCGAACUUACGUAACUGCACGCUUCUUACUAGUGCAGUGAGGGAAAAUAUGGUUCGCACAGUGAACACUGUUUUACAAGCAGGCGCGGAUGUUAACUGCCAAGAUCAGUAUGACAAAACUCCACUUUUAUCGUAUUUACACAUUGGCGGCCGUCACAUGUCGAAAGUCCUGGUAAAACAUGGAGUGAGUGUAGAUAUCUCGUGCGAAGAACCAUUUGAAAAAUCUUCCCUGCAUUUGAUAUCUUACCACAAGUUAUAUUAUUUGCACUAUCUUCCUCAGUUCUUGCGUGGAGAUGACAUGUGGUUUGAAUCCUUAUCAAAUGAACGUCUUUUUUUUGACUACUUUUUAAAGGAAGAGGGACGGAUAGAAGGACACACAGAGACAAUUCACACUGGGGAUGGACCCUUAACCCGUGCUAUGAAGUCGCAUCCCCGCGGAACUAAAAUUCUAAAUGAAUGCUUUGAUGCUGAAGGUUAUAAUGCCUUACACAGAGCAGCACAGGGUGCAAACGCGUUUGCUAUCGUGAAAUUCCUCUCAUGGGGAGCUAAUCCCACCCUAAAGAACUCAGACGGAUAUUCCCCGCUAUGGCUUGCAGUGUUUUAUUCGGUUAAAUACACACCAUUUUUAAAUUUGCAUCGGAAAAGUGUCUUGGUGGACUUAGAAGUGGAUCUCGCAUCAAUUUCUGCGUUGAUCAUUUUAGACCAUGCCCUUCAAACUGACACGAUGGAUAUCGGCUGCGGCGGAAGUCAACUCAAUUUAACCAUAUACCAUAUCGCAGCUAUUCGAGGAAUGUGGCGGUUUAUAGCUCACUUACUUACAGAGAAGCGUGUCAAAGGAAUCGAUGUGAACUGCCCUAAUAAAGAUGGCAUUACUCCAAUGUAUCUCGCAGCGCUCGUUGGUGGCCGGAAUUGCAUUGAGUGGCGAAGCCCUUGGUGCAAGGUUAUGGAAAUAAUCAGCCUGCACGGCGGAAUACUUCAAUAUCCUACACUUCAGGCUGAAUACUUUCUUAUAUUUGAUCUCUUUUUCGGAAUGAGUCCAGGUCAAACGUACUCGGAGUUAGUAGAAAACGAAAUUAUUGCACUUCAAGCCAGCACUGAACAUCAAGAGUGCAAGGGAUAUGAAUUGAAUACUUACCUGUCAGAAACGUCUGGGAAACUAAAUGAACUUUACUAUGACUUCGAUAGAAAGAUGAAAAAGUGUUCAAGUGGCAGUGAUGAAUGUUUACCAGAGAUCAAUCGGCAUUUGUCCCAACUAGAAUCCCUCAAGUUGGUUUUACACAAACUACACCGCUUCCAACUGCGACACGCUCCUAUCAGAAGUGGUUUUGUCAGUUUUCUAGAGGAGGAAACUUUGCGAAUGCAAAUGCUUUUGCUGGUCGUUACUCAACCACAUGAAAGGGCGUCUCGCGGAUUGGAUGGAAAACAAAACGAAAAGAGACGAAAAACUCAAGGCAAAAUGGGCAUUGCUGAUCGUGGACAUGAAGAUAAUGAAGAUAACAAUGACAACAACGAUGGCGACAACAAUGAUGAUGAUGACGUCGACGGAUGGGAGUGCAUGAACAUAGACCGGGCUCUUCGAAUAUCUUAUAGGGAUUUUAAAACAAGCUUUGAUCAGGUGCAAAAGCUUUCUGAACAGGCGAGAUCAUCUAUCUCAUUCCUGGGGAAGAAGCCUCCGGGUUUUCUUCGAAAGAUAAAUCGCGCGUUGCUCAAACUUGAUACUACUAUGGCAUGCGACUGGCAAGCAAUUGCUAGGAAGUAUACGACAUUAAACUUCCAAAUUCAGAACUCAAAGCUCGGCACUUUACAUGUAAAUGAGCAUACCAGGGUUGUAAGUAUUACAGACUUUGCUUCAAUACGUAUGAGGGAAAUAUUCAUUCAUUCAUCUCCGGAAACACUGGAGCUUGCUUUAAAACUUGCGUCGGAGAAGUCUUCAAAAGUAUUUGAUGACCUUUAUUACCUCACAAAUUUAAAAUUUAGAAAGCCGCCUCUUUGGAAAGGUACCUUUGAAUUAUGGGGUUGGUACAGGUGACUUUCAAAUUCCUUCUAGAUG